AUGUCUGCGUCGCUACCCGGCAGUCGCGACCUGCCUGCCUCUCAGUAUGAUCUCUCGACUUACUGGGGGCGUGUCAAGCAAGCGGCACAGAUAUCAGAUCCGAGGACCCUGUUUGUCUCCCGGUCCGGCCUCGAACAUGCCAAACAACUUGUCUCGGCGUACAAGACGGGGCAGAUGAAGGAGAUGACAUCAGAGCUAUGGCAGGCGAAAAAAAUUGUGGACUCGACACUUCAUCCUGAUACCGGAGAGCCAGUGUUCCUCCCGUUCCGCAUGUCAUGCUUUGUCAUCUCCAAUCUGGUGGUGACGGCAGGCAUGCUGACACCGAAUCUCACUACCACAGGCACGGUGGCGUGGCAGAUCAUCAACCAGUCUCUCAAUGUGGCCAUCAACAGUGCGAACGCCAACAAGUCAUCUCCGCUGUCCACAAAGACAAUGGUUGAGAGCUAUUUGCUGGCAGUCUCCGCAUCUUGCUCCGUUGCCGUGGGGCUGAAUGCGAUUGUUCCCCGACUGAAGCGUGUGUCACCCAACACGAAAAUCAUCCUGAGCCGUCUAGUGCCUUUUGCAGCCGUCGCGUCCGCUGGUGCAUUGAACGUCUUUCUUAUGCGAGGGGAGGAGAUCCGCCGCGGGAUUGACGUCUUCCCUGUCCAGUCCGACGCAGAAAAGGCUGAGCGGGAGAAGACGGGUAAGGAGGUUGAGAGCCUGGGCAAGUCUCGAAAGGCGGCAAUUAUGGCGGUGGGAGAGACGGCCAUCUCACGGGUCUUGAAUGCAACUCCAAUCAUGGUCAUUCCUCCGCUCGUCCUCGUCCGGUUGCAAAAGACAGAAUGGUUGAAACAGCGGCCCAGAAUGGUGCUACCUGUGAAUCUCGGUCUUAUCCUCACCACGAGUAUCUUCGCUUUACCUCUUGCGUUGGCCGUAUUCCCCCAGCGUCAAGCGGUCAGUGCCCGAACCCUGGAGAAAGAGUUUUGGAACAAGGGCGGAGAAGGGGGCUUGGUGGAGUUUAACCGGGGAAUAUGA